AGCAAAGCGCAGUCACUUGUAGGAGUCGGCCGUCGUCGGACACAGAGCCAAAGAGAGAGAGAGAGGAGCCAUCCGUAGCCGAGCCAGAGAGGCAGCCGAACGAGCGAGCGAGUGUCGCGCGUGUGGUGUGUGUUGUGUGCGUGCGUGUGUGUGUGCGUGCGGGUGCGCGUGCGUGUGUGCGUGUUCCUCUCGUACGUGCCACCAGCAGCGCGCGCGCAGGAGCGGGCGCGAGCACAGGACGGACGGACACACGGUGUGACACAGACAGGGGGAGAGGUAUUCCGCUUCCGCGUUGCGCCGAGGAGCGCUCGCGCGAACUCGCAGCCGCAGGGGUCUCCUGAGACAGAGAGAAAGAGAGAGAGAGAGUGUGUGUGUGUGUUUUCUUCUUCUCGGGGACUAGAGCGUGUUUUGUGUCGCGCGCGCACGGCCACGCACGUGCCCCGACGUCCGGGGGAUUUAUGCCGAGAGAUCCCGCCCGAGAGAUCAAACCUGGAUGUAUUAACGCAAGGGCUAAGGUACAGCAUAACAGGACUCAUGAACCUCGCAACCAACCAGACGUCCGACACGACGUCCGACGCGCAGAGCAAUGGUCCCUACUUCGUCAACUUCAAUCAGGACUGCACGUCCUUGGCGGUGGGAUCGAAGUCGGGAUACAAACUUUACUCCAUCAGCUCCACCGGACACCUUGAGAAAAUAUAUGAAAAUGAUGAUGCAGACUUCGAGGACAUAUGCAUUGUUGAACGAUUGUUCAGCAGCAGUUUGGUGGCGAUCGUGAGUCUCAAGUCGCCACGUACGCUUACGGUGUGCCACUUUAGAAAAGGCACGGAGAUCUGCAAUUACAGUUACUCCAACACAAUUUUGGCUGUGAAACUCAACAGAGCGAGAUUGGUGGUAUGUCUGGAGGAAUCGUUAUACAUUCAUAAUAUACGAGAUAUGAGAGUGUUGCACACAAUUCGCGACACUCCACCUAAUCUAACAGGCCUUUGUACACUUUCGCCAAAUAGCGACAAUUGUUAUGUGGCUUACCCGGGAUCGAAUACGAUCGGGGAGGUCCAGAUAUUCGACGCGAACCACCUUCAAGCCAAAACGAUGAUACCUGCACACGAUAGUCCAUUGGCAGCGAUCGCUUUCAGCUCGAACGGCACCAAAGUGGCGACAGCCUCUGAAAAGGGCACCGUUAUCAGAGUCUUUGACGUCCACGAGGGUACAAAGUUAUUCGAAUUUCGACGCGGAGUUAAGAGAUGCGUCACGAUAAACAGUCUCUCUUUCAGUAUGGACUCGAUGUGGCUCUGUUGUUCUAGUAACACGGAAACCGUGCAUAUAUUCAAAUUGGAAGAACCAAAGGAAACGCCAAACAAACAAACUGCGGACGAAGCACAAAGCUGGAUGGGAUAUUUGACGAAGGCUGUGACAGCGUCGGCUACGUACCUGCCGUCGCAAGUGACUGAUGUUUUUACUCAAGGACGUGCUUUCGCUAGCGUCCACCUACCGUUUCAAGGUUUAAAAAAUGUCUGUGCCAUCACUGUAACGCAUAAAGUACCAAAACUGUUAGUAGCUAGUGCCGAUGGUUACUUAUACGUCUACUCCGUGGAUCCGACAGAAAGUGGAUGCUGCACCCUUAUAAAACAGCACAGAUUAGACGACAAAGAGCGAGAUGAAUCAGAUUGUGGCGGUUCUGGUUCGGGAGCAACGGCUACCGCGAAUAAUACAAAUACAGCCUGCAUAAAUAGCUACGCGGGUGUGUUGCGUGGCCGCUCGCCAGACUCCAUGUCAGGUACUGAGUCAGAGAAGUAUCAAGAGAUGAUAGCGGCAACGGAAAGCCCACCGAAAGGCGGCGGCCCGUUUCGUCUGGACGAUGACACCGAAUUCCCACCUGUUACGCAAAGGACAGACUGAGCAUAGCACACACACAUAGUUAAGGCAUAUCAAAAGCUCAAGCCGAAACGGGAAUGCGAGUAGCAACGUGCAAGAGCAACGAAAGAGGCGAAGGGGGCACAGAGUGCAGAGAGAGGACGUCCAGUAUUUACAGACGGCCGUAUAUCCAGUACUCCGAGAGUUCAGUAGAACCAAAAAAAAAAACAUAAAAGAAAAUCUAGUAGGCGAUAUUACCGAGAUUGUUGCGUUAUCUUGUAAACGCGUCAAAGAUGUGUGCACGCUAAAUUAGGAAGAUCGAUUUUUUUUUAUGCUAAACGAUGCGUACAACAGUAAAAAAAGAAAAAAGACAGCACCGUUGGAUAACUUUCUCGGUCAUAUUACUGAGCUGUUGGAACUUUAAGCGGAAUUUCUUUUAUUAUUAGUUGAAUAUGCAUUGCAUUUGCAAAGGAAAUGCAAUAUCCGCGCGGAGAAUAUAGUAAUCCAAUGAUAACGAUUUUUUGAGAAGCGUUUACCACGGAAAUUAUGCAAUAAGAUAUCUUUUACCAAGCGUAUACAGAGGGUAUAUAUUAUAACAGCGCGAAGUAUUGUACUCUCUAAUACUUCUGUGUUUUAUAUAUACAAGUACCUUGUAUAGAAAACGUGCGUUUUUAUUGUAGCCUAAGACGGCUCAGGAUAUUCCAAUGUCGGAAAUCACGGACCAGUGCAUAUUUUAACGAAUGCUAUUUUCUGAGCAAUUCAGAAAAGCGAUAAUUAUUAUUUGUCUAGGCUUUCAUGCGUAUACGAGUAUUUUAUCAACAAAAAAAAAAUUAUUUUAGUUUUAGGAACACGGAGACGAAAUACUGUGAAGAAUAUUCGGUCUACUUGUAUAAUUGCUGAAAACGAAUAUGAUUUAUUAAAAGACUAUGUAAUUAUGUUGUAAAUAGAUGAUGAGCAUCAAACCCAACUCAAAUUCUGACAUAUUUACGACUAAUGUAUUUUAAAUGAAUUCAUGUUAAUAUUUAAUAUUUAUAUAAAUUAUGUUUAAAAAUCGAUAUAAACAAAAUUGAAUUUCUGCCCCUUUUUACUCUCCCCCCAUCACAUGAAACCUGCGAAAAUAAAAAUUGCGGAAUAAAUUUUGCUAUGUUUAAACACACGUUUGAACUCGCGACAUAAAACUCUGAUUCGUUGCACGUCUCAUUGGAUUGCUAUAUUUUAUGACGAAAUCUUUGUCUUCUUUGUGUUCAACAAAGAAAGCUCAUCUUCUUUGCGAGUGAAGAUGUAAAGACGUAUAAAUAUGUGUGGUAAAUUGUCGAACGAUGAGCUUCAGCUCUGUAAUUCUUGUAUAAAAUGUAAGAUCCUUCGACAUAUAUGUUAGCUUCUUGUAGAAAAAAUGUUAUAAAACAUGAUCAGAUUGUAUAAUUUUGCCAAAAACAAUAUCAAUUUUGUAACGAUAUGAUACUUGUUGGCAUUUAGAGUUUCAAAAAGUACUUCAGUCUUUUACGUGAUAACUACGGGACAAUGAAGUAUAACGACAAACGAUAACAAAGACAAAUAUAAGAUAUUUAAAAUCGCGGAAAAAAGGGAUUCAUUCCAUCUUUCUUAAAAUCCGAAAUCAUUCUAGGCACAUUAUCUCACAUUGAUACACAGGAUAAUUUUUCAAAAUUACGCGCACUGAAUUCAAUGAAAGUUUUUGUAUCCGUUAUAUCAGACGUUAUCAUGCUGUAUCUUAAUGCUUUGUAUCAGAUUAUGUAUAAUAUAUGUAAUCGUAUCGCGAAUGUGCAAUAAGUCUCCUCGAGCGCUUUUUCAAGUCGAUUAUUGAAAAUUGUCAUGACAUUGUAAUUUAUAUAAAUAGCUAAUUAACCGUAGAAACAGAGAAUCUUCGGUAUAUACAUAUAUAUUUGCGUUUAAUACCGAGUUGGUUAGUAGUCGAGCUUGAUUGUGAAUAAAAUCUCUCCAUUAAUCGGUGCCAAUUUACCGGAAUAGAAAAAGACGACACUGGCGCUGGGCGAAAGGUAUUUUGUUGUUGUAUGAUUAAGUGAAAGCACAGCUAAAACCGUUUCUUUCUUCAUGAUCCUUCGUAGCGUAUUAUGUAAUUUAAUACGGAUCUUAUAUAUCUCUUCGAUUAAAAGUUAGAAAAUUUUUCUUUCGUGUGAGAACUGAAGCAUUCGGCGCGAUCGCGAGUAUGUCAGUAUCGUAGAUCCGUAAAUGUGUCAUGUCGUUACGGCGGUUUUAUACUAACGAAUUUUAUUUGGUAAAUAGUCUUACUUUUAUAAAGAUAAAUUAUAAAAGCGUUAAAAUAACCAAUGUACAUAUAAACGUGCUAAGGUUUAAGCUUUGAACGUCAUUGCGUAUGAAGUUUCUUAUUAACACACGUGAUUGUGCUGGUCUGCAAAUGAAAAAGAAAAAAAAAAGACACUGUGAGUCUCCUUGUCUACGAUUGGUUCGACAUCCCAUUUUUAUUUGUAUUUAAAUAAAAUUGCUGACGAUUUUUUUAUGAAUCAAUUGCUUUCUUCAUUGAAAAUUUGCGUUAUCACAACUCUGUUCGUAUGAAAACAAUAUCUUGCUGAUAUUAUCUCGUAUAAAUGCUGCGCAGGAUUAGCGAUAUAAUCGUUACAGGUUUACGAAUGAAAAAUAAAUACGACUUUUCAUGAUUUUACCGAACCACAUCUUUAGCAUUUGAAUUGACAUUCCUGUUAUGUACAAAACCCGUUGUUUUCAUAAGGAUAAAUAAAGCAGGAAUUGAAAGUA